CUGGUGGCGAGGCGGGGCGUGCGAUCCCAAGCAGGUGCAAUGGCAGAGAAGGUGUUGGUGACUGGCGGGGCUGGCUACAUUGGCAGCCACACAGUGCUGGAGCUGCUGGAGGCGGGCUAUUCACCUGUGGUCAUCGACAACUUCCAUAAUGCCAUCCGUGGAGGGGGCUCCAUGCCCGAGAGCCUGCGGCGGGUUCAGGAACUGACAGGCCGCUCUUUGGAGUUUGAGGAGAUGGACAUCUUGGAUCAGGCGGCCCUGGAGCGUCUCUUCAAGAAGCACAGCUUUACGGCUGUCAUCCACUUUGCGGGGCUCAAGGCCGUGGGCGAGUCAGUCCAGAAACCUCUGGAUUAUUACAGAGUUAACCUGACAGGAACUAUCCAACUCCUGGAGAUCAUGAGAGCCCACGGGGUGAAGAACCUGGUAUUCAGCAGCUCAGCUACUGUGUAUGGGAACCCCCAGUACCUGCCCCUGGACGAAGCCCACCCCACAGGUGGCUGUACCAACCCCUAUGGCAAGUCCAAGUUCUUCAUCGAGGAAAUGAUCCGGGACCUGUGCCAGGCAGACAAGACCUGGAAUGCAGUGCUGCUGCGGUAUUUCAACCCCACGGGCGCCCAUGCCUCGGGCUGCAUUGGUGAAGAUCCCCAGGGCAUCCCCAACAACCUCAUGCCCUAUGUCUCCCAGGUGGCGAUUGGGCGAAGGGAGGCACUGAAUGUCUUUGGCAAUGACUAUGACACAGAGGAUGGCACAGGCGUCCGGGAUUAUAUCCAUGUGGUGGAUCUGGCCAAGGGCCACAUCGCUGCCCUGAGGAAACUGAAGGAUCAGUGUGGCUGCCGGAUCUACAACCUGGGAACAGGCACAGGCUAUUCGGUGCUGCAGAUGGUCCAGGCCAUGGAGAAGGCCUCCGGGAGGAAGAUCCCAUACAAGGUGGUGGCACGGCGGGAAGGUGAUGUGGCUGCCUGUUAUGCCAACCCGAGCCUGGCCCUCCAGGAGCUGGGCUGGACAGCAGCCUUAGGGCUGGACAGGAUGUGUGAAGAUCUGUGGCGCUGGCAGAAGCAGAAUCCUUCAGGCUUUGGCACACAGGCCUGAGACCCUCCUACCGUGGACCAGAAAAGGAAGUGAGAAACAACUCCUCUCCAGCACCUGGGAGGAAUCCAGGGGCCUCAGCCUGCCCUACCUCAAGACCAGCCAGGCUCACUCAGCCCACAGGCAUGAGGCCUAGGGCUCCACUGAUCAGGAGUUGGGGUCUCUAACUCUCCUCUUCCACAGGAUCUGAGAACCCAUCAGGAUCAAUGUGAGCAAGCAGGGGAGGCAGGGCCCUGAGACAAAACACCCCGCUCCCAGGCACUAAUUUAUACUGCUAUGAAGGCACUCUCUGAAGUAUUUAAAAUAAAAAGGUUUC